AGGCUGCGCCCAGAGUCGCCCCUUCCAACCCCUCCUUGCGGGGUUCGGACUCCCGCCGCCACCCGAGCAGGGCUGGCGUGUGGAGGGGGGGCGGGGAGGCAGGUGGAGUUGGGAUCUUGCUGGCGGCGUGUGGUUGGGGACGGCAGCGGAUUCCUGCAGGCUGAUUCCAGGCCGCCCCCCGCCCCCGGCGACCAGAAAGUGCGGUGACCCCUCCGCUGUCCGGGCAACUGCGCGCCACCCCCCCAACCCCAGACGGCGUACUGCUGCGCGCCUCCCUCCCGCUGCCCACUUGUCAUCACUCUUGCCCCCGCGGAAGAAGCUGAAGGACCCCAAACCAGACCGGGCGUGGUGGCGGAGCCAUACCUGGAAGGCAGGACCAUCAGAAGGCUUGCUUGGAUGAGGACUGUCCUUGCAACAGCCCCUCAAGGUGGCUGUGUCCAUUGCCCCCACUUAACAGGUAAGAAAGCUGAGGUACAAACCCAUAAAGUCACUUGCGCCUAAGCACAGGGCUUGCAAGGAGUAGAGUGAAGAUGUGAACUCAGGUUGAGUUCCAGGACUUUCCACCGCAGGCCAUCACGCUGCCUCUACAGGAGCAUUAAGCACCUCAGAUGAGACCUGUUCCAGACAUCAUCUGAGGAAGUGGAGUACAUUCAACUAGAAGAGAAGCAAAGACGAAGUCAUUAUGGCUUCCAUGUCUACUCAUGGAAACCAAGACAAAGGUCCCCAUUUGUCACCACCAAGCAAGCAGAGUCUGUUGUUUUGUCCAAAAUCAAAACUGCACAUCCAUAGAGGAGAGAUUUCAAAGAUUAUCCGGGAAUGUCAAGAAGAAAGUUUCUGGAAGAGAGCUCUGCCUUUUUCUCUUGUAAGCAUGCUUGUCACCCAAGGAUUAGUCCACCAAGGUUAUUUAGCAGCUAAUCCAAGAUUUGGAUCAUUGCCUAAAGUUGUGCUUGCUGGUAUCCUAGCAUUUGGCCUUGGAAAGGCAUCAUACAUAGGGAUAUGCCAGAGUAAAUUCCAUUCCUUUGAAGAUCAGCUACGUGGGGCUGGUUUUGGUCCAGGACAUAACAGGCACUGCCUGCUUACCUGCGAGGAAUGCAAAACUAAACGUGGAUCAAGUGAGAAGGGAGAUUCACAGCCUUCAGCUUCCUAAACUUUUGCAUUUGAAGUUUCUUAAACCUCUGAAUUUGUACACACUUAACAUGUCAAGUGUACUUUAAAAUAAUAUAGUGGAAUAGAAACAU